CCCCCAGGGAAUGUAUUCGUGAUCGCCGCCAUUCUUCUGGAGCGAAACUUGCAGUCAGUCGCCAACUACCUCAUCCUUAGUCUCGCUGUGGCCGACCUUCUCGUAGCUGCACUUGUGAUGCCUCUGGGGGCUGUGUACGAGGUGAGCAAGGAGUGGACGCUGGGACCUGAGCUGUGUGACAUGUGGACGGCGUCGGAUGUCCUUUGCUGCACCGCCUCCAUCCUGCACCUCGUGGCCAUUGCUCUCGACAGGUUCUGGGCGGUGACCAACGUGGAUUACAUCCACCACCGGUCCCCGCGGCGCGUGGGCGGGAUGAUCGCCGCCAUCUGGAUCGUGUCCUUCCUGGUGUCGGCGGCGCCCAUGAUGGGCUGGAAGGACCCUGAGUGGCACGACCGCCUGGCCGAGAAAAUGUGCAUUAUCUCGCAGGACGUCGGCUACCAGAUCUUCGCCACCAUCACCUCCUUCUACCUGCCGCUACUGGUGAUCCUGAUCCUGUACUGGCGCGUGUACCAGACGGCCCGGAAGCGCAUCCGGCGGAAGUUCGGCACCAACGCGCAGUCGGCGCUGUGCCGCGGACCCAUAACCAUCAGCGAGACCACGACCUUCGCGAGGAUGGCCACGCAGCCGUCGCCGGAGAAGACGUCCAACGGCAGCACGCUGAACGGCCACCCGAUGGACGCCAGCCGCGAGGACUCGACGUCGGGCAGCCAGGCUGCCAUCACACACGUCCUCCCGCGGCAGCUUCGCCGGCGGGAGGGCGAACUCCGGAAGGAGCGCAAGGCCGCCAAGACGCUGGCCAUCAUCACGGGCGCGUUUGUUAUGUGUUGGUUGCCCUUCUUCAUCCUGGCCGUGCUGAUGCCCCUGUGCCCCCUCACGUGUAACUUCAACCCCUACCUGAUCGCCACCUUCCUGUGGCUUGGCUACUUCAACUCCACCCUCAACCCCAUCAUCUACACGGUGUUCAGCCCCGAGUUCCGCAACGCCUUCAAGAGGAUCCUGUGCGGACGCAAGCGGACGCUGCAGCGCCAGACGACGCGCUUCGCCGCCGUCCGCUUCACCAGAUCCUAGCAGCGUGGGGUGUCGAGGGGGACCCGCUGGAGGCGCGGGGGGCCGGACCCCUGCUCCGCCACGAGUCUCGGGCUCGCCGCCGCCACGCAGGUGGCCAGCCUGCCGCCGAUCUCCGAGUCGGCGCUGUGAGCGGCCGCCGCCGAGACCAGCGACGCUCAAGCUCUCCCCUUCGACACCUCCCCAGCUGCUCGCUUGCUUGCGGGUGUGCGAACUCUCUUCCGUGUUUAUUGUGUACAGGCUGUUAUGUGUGUAAAGAAAACUAUACAAUAUAUAAAUGCUUAUACUAUAUUAUAUAUGUAUAUAUAAAUAUAAAUAUAAAUGUUUCUCUGUGGUGCUGUACUUCUGUAAGCGAUAUUUGAUGACCAAAUGUUUACCCUGUAAAGAAUCAUGACUUGUGACGUGUGCGGGAGGAAGCCUCGAGGAACUGAAACAAGGACAGCUUUUUCCUCGCGGUCUCCUCCGGGGCGAGUCAGCCGGGCCGCCCGCAUGUUUGCUGCUGCUAAACGCCUUCCCUCCUUCCACAGAUCUCUCACAGAUGCCUCGACAAUCACAUUUAUCACGAAUUUCUGCAUA